CCUCUCUGAUACGGCCACGAAGAGCCGCAUCUCGUCAGUCUCUGCAUACAACCUAUGCCGGGCACAUGCGCACGCGUCCGCUUCAGAAUUUGGCAUCACCUCAUUGGUCCGUGGCAUCCCUGUCGUCGACUCCGCGUCGUCGACUGUCCCAUCGAUCCCUUGCACCACCUUAGGCUCACCCGUCCCGCGACUUGAAAUAUCUGCUCUCUCGAAUCAUCCCGCGCGCCAACGCCAUCACGCCCCAGGCGGGCUUAGGAUGCACGAUUCCGUUCGCUUAACGGCGCGUCGCCACUGUGAUGUACUCAAGAGCGCUCCUCAAUGCUAGCAUUCCCAAUACCGCUCUAUGGCCUCUCAGAGCACGGCUGCUAGCUCUAUCUUACUGGCAAUAUGCAAAGCACCGAAGCCACACCCCUAUCCCAAGAAUCUAUGGAAUGGGAUAUAUAGAGGACGUCCCCUAACUUCGCACCCGCAUCUUUCCCAACGGCUCACCAGUUCUGACUCUCAUCAGUUGCAUUCCGUUCCGAUACCCUCAAUGGCCUCCCGUGAAAGCAAUCACCCUGGGCCGAUCUUGCCGAAGAAGGGGUCUUCCCCAAGCGCGGUCAAUGGCUACUCGACCUGCGAAAACAUACCUUCACAGACUUCGCCGCUGACAGCCUCUGCCCAUGCUCACGAUGCCGAGACGAGUCGCACCCAAGAGUCUUCGCCCCACCCGCCAUCUCCACAACCUCUAGAUGAAGUCGCGCUCGCUAAGCACACCGGUUGUCACUUGCCUAUCGCUGCUGAAGGGGUCGAGGGGAAGGCGCGGGUUGACGCAGUACAAAAGGAUGCUCAGGAGCCGGAGUUUGAGCUUCCUCGCGACUGUUCGGACGUCGAUAAGAUUGACAUAGAGAGGUGGAUCGAUGCUCAGGGCGCCUUGUAUGGCCGACUUGUAGGGAAUCCAAAAGGGGGCAAAGAGGACUGAGUGUCUAGUUUGGUGAUUCCCUAUUGACAAAGGCAACUGGAUGAAAUGGGUAUUUGAGCUCCACAGGAUCAUGAUCUUUAGCGGGCUCUCCAAAUGGAAUCUUCUUCGCUGAGUAUGAUCUCUCGUCCGAUCUGUCUACUUAAUCUUGCCCUAUGAUGGCAAUGCUCUCCU